AUGAGAAAGCAGAAACGCGAAAUCAUUGGGGGCGCAGCCGCAUCCGCAACCCCAGGCGCAGCCGCAACCCCAAGCGCAGCCCCAACCCCAGGCACAGCCGCAACCCCAGGCCCAGCCGCAACCCCAGACCCAGCCGCAGCCGUAACCCCAGGCCCAGCCGCAGCCGCAACCCCAGGCCCAGCCGCAGCAGCAGCUGCUCUUGCAACAGCAGCAAGACAGGCAGCAAGACAUGCAAGAGAUGAAACAUUUCGUGCAGAUGCUGCAACAUUCGGGCAGCAUGCGCCGGCACACCAACAACCGCAGCCGGCGCAAGAGCAAUAUGCUGGGUAUAUCCGGUACGGGAUAUCACCUGCGGGCUUAUCCGGAAGAAAAUAUACUAGUUGUGCUAGUUAUUCCACGAGUGGAAAUUUCCGGAGGUAUCCUACUUCGAACCCGAGAACUCCAAAGGUCGAUCAAACUGGACAACAACUGGAUCCAUUGGAGAGCGAGCAAAACUAA